AAUGGUGUUCAUCUUGUGCCUAAGGAUUCUGAGGAUACCAUCAAGAGUGACUUCCCUUCCCUAAAUGAGCGUUCACCUUCUCUUCCCUUUACUGGUUCGCAUGUGGAACUAGAAGAACAAAGGAGGCCAGCACUAGACACCAAAGACAUAAUCAUUGAUGAAACAAGAGAGUUCUGUAGAAGUAGCCCAAGGAAACUAGGCAGAUACCUUUUCAACCUCUUCCCAGUGCUUAAAUGGCUCCCACGUUACAAAAUUAAGGAAUAUCUUCCAGGAGACAUCACGUCUGGUAUCAUAGUUGGUAUUGUCACCAUUCCACAAGCAAUUGCUUACUCUCUUUUAGCGAGUCAAGACCCAAUCUAUGGACUAUACACCAACUUCUUUUGCUCUAUAAUCUAUUUUUUUAUGGCAACGUCACGUCAUAACUGUGUUGGUACAUUUGGUGUGCUCUGUCUUAUGGUUGGUGAGUCUGUGAACAAACAUUUAAUUGCUGCAGGCUUUACGGACCUUGAAGAAAACGAAGAUGUACUAAACUCUACGCUGUCCACAAAUGGCACUGUGUGUGGAAGGAGUUGUUAUGCUAUUAAGAUAGCUACUUCACUAACAUUCAUCGCUGGGGUCUACCAGAUCAUUAUGGGAAUCUUUGGAUUAGGUUUCAUCUCCAUGUACCUGUCAGAGCCAUUACUAAAUGGUUUUGUUACUGGAUCGUCCAUCACCAUUGUAACUUCUCAGAUGAAAUACCUACUUGGUAUAAGCAUACCUCGCACUGAUGGUGCGGGAUCAUUGGUUAUGACAUGGAUCAACAUUUUCAGGAAUUUAAAAAACACUAAUAUAUGUGAUUUGUUAACAAGCACUGUUUCGAUAGCAGUCAUGGUACCAGUAAAGGAAAUCAAUGAGAGAUUUAAGAGCAAAAUGAAGAUCCCAUUUCCAAUAGAAUUGCUAAUUAUUAUAGUGGCCACAGUGGUUUCCCAUUACUUUGACUUUAAUGGCAAUUAUAAAUCGUCUAUUUGUGGCACUAUUCCAACUGGAUUCAUGACUCCUAAAGCACCAGAAUGGGAUCUUCUCCCCAGAUUAGCAACUGAUGCUAUACCUAUUGCAAUUAUUGGAUUUGCCAUGACAGUCUCUCUUGCUGAAAUAUUUGCCAAAAAACAUGGGUACACAGUCAGUACCAAUCAGGAGAUGAUAGCUAUUGGCAUGUGCAAUCUCAUCCCUUCUUUCUUUCACUCAUUCGCAAGUUGUGCUGCACUCGCCAAAACACUUCUAAAAGAAUCUACAGGGGCCAAUACUCAACUCAACGGUAUAGUUAGUUCUAUUCUUCUGUUGCUGGUGUUACUUGCUAUUUCUCCACUGUUCUACUCCCUUCAAAGCUGCAUAUUAGGAGUUAUAACGGUUGUUAGUCUUUCAGGUGCUCUCAAGAAAUUUAAAGAUACACCAAAAAUGUGGCGGGUGAGCAAAAUUGACACAAUCGUAUGGUGGGUCAGCAUGCUGGCAUCUGCCCUUAUCUCAACAGAGAUAGGCCUUUUAAUAGGUGUCUGCUUCUCUAUGUUCUGUGUCAUAAUCCGCACUCAGAGGCCAAGGGCUACCCUUCUAGGCAAGGUCAGUGGGACCGAGAUAUAUGAAGAUCAGUCAACAUACAAAGAACUCCGUAAUAUACCUAAUGUCAAAAUAUACCGGUUUGACGCUUCUCUUUACUAUGCCAAUAAAGACUAUUUUAAGAAUACACUGUAUAGUGAAACAGGAGUUAACCCAUCUUUAGUGUCUGCACUACAGAAAAAAGCAAAAAAGGAGAUUGAGAGGGAGAAUUCUGGGGAAUUGAAACACCAUUUUUUUGCCAAAUUCAAUGUAAUAAGAACCGUGUACAAGGCCCACAAAUCCCCUGAAACCAUCAUACCUACAAUCAAUAUGCACUCACUUAUAAUUGAUUGUGGUGCCAUGCAGUUUAUAGACACUGUUGGCCUCAGCGUGCUAAAAGAACUUCGCACAGAUUAUAAAGAGAUUGGAGUAUGGGUUUUCCUUGCCAACUGCAACCCAUCAGUGCGCCGUUUACUACAUGAUGGAGGAUAUUUUAGCUCGAUUGGGGAUGAAAAGCUAGCAUUUCACAGUGUGCACGAUGCUGUAAAUUUCGCUGAAAGAAAAUUCACAGAAAAGCAAAAAGAAAAUCAAAUUGCAGAGAACAGCUUCUCCGUUGACUCGCAUCAAGCUAUUUGUGAUGAU